AUGAAGUUCAUCUCCGAUAAAAGGAAGGCUUUUGCGGAUUGGCAAUGCGAUCCUCUUAAUAACAACAAACGGAAGGCCUACCAAAACAUCAGAGCUGAGGUCCAGAGGCGAGUACUGAAUUCUGACUUCUACAUGAAGAAAGAAAAACAAAGUACAAUUACUCAUGUCUACAUCCUCUACCCACCUGUGCCGGGCCAAGCCACUGUUCUGCCUUCGUUUAAGAUCAGUGAGUCAUUCCUAAAGAAUGUGGAAUUUUUCCCAUAUCUUGGCAGCUUCCUCUCGGUCAAAGCUAAUAUUGAUGAUGAUCCAACAUCACCUUCGGGCUGCCAGCUAUGCCUAUGGAAGAAUGCGCGACAGAGGAAUGAGGACAGGCGACAAAUUCGCAAAUGCCGCAAACAAGCCACUCCAGUUAAUCUUCCUACACCUGCCCAACAUGCCAACGUCCUUGUGCCUCCAGUCUUGGCCUAUUUAUUCACCAGAGGUCGCACAAAGUGUAAUCUCGUGGACAAUCUUUCUGGAUACGAGGGAUCCCAGAUGGUUGUAAUUGAAGGAAAAAGAGACGAGUAUGCUUCGCUUUCAUUGGAUGACGUCACAUACACGAAAUAUCAAUGUCAAAGUAUUCCUGAUGUCAAAUCGGAUAAAGAAUGUCUUAAUUAUAGCACUUUGGAUGGUAUUGAUCGUAGAAGGGACCAAAGUGGAUCAUUGUCCUCUUCCAAAAUAUACGACAGCGAAACGCUUUCAGGCUCAUUAUGGUAUCGCAUAACUGGCCUGGCGGGUAAUCAGGUUUCUACGGAAUGCGUCCGACAUCCAAGAUUUGCCUGUAAUGGUCUUCGACUACUAUGGAUAAAGGGAACCAUGCCGAAUGUAGCUCAGGGUAAAGUUGUAAGGGAGAUGUGUAGACAAGCUCAUGUUGGUAGUGAUUGCUGUUUGCGGGAAUACAAAGUCACUAUACGCAAUUGUGGUGGUUACUUUGUGUACCAAUUUUCCAGGUUUGGCUUUCGUCCAACAAUUUGUACAGAAUACAGUGCCAGAAAACUUACAAUCAGUACAGAAUGGCAGGACUGGACUAACAGUCGUCCAGAACUUCAGUGGAAAAUCCUUGGUGACAGGGAAUUUCACUCACACUCAAGGUCCAUUCUGGCUGAUCAAGCCAACCAAUUUCUAGGUCUGCAGCCUGGUAUACAAGUGUUUUUAAAUGGUACAGCACAUUUUAUUGUCCCAACCAAACCGAACAUCGAGUCAUUUACAAUGUGUUUCUGGAUAUCUUCGAAUGCAACCACGCCAAAAUUGGUGAACAUUACCAUUAAAACCAAUAUGGAGAUGUUCCUGGAUGUUUUCAUUUACCGGUCUGUUUGGAGACACAUAUGUGUAUCGUUUCCCUAUGGGGUAUAUGUGAUUUAUGUCGAUGGAGUASMRAACAAGACGGUGUAUACUGGAAAUGAACUUUGGAAACUUAACGGUAAGAUAUAA